AGCUUCAUUUUCCCUCCAAGUUUUCAACCCUUUGAUUUUCCUUUUGUCAAUCUCACAAUCUUGUCUUUUGUGUCCUAACCCAUAUUUUCUUACUCUUUCUUUCAUUUUCUGAGGAAAAAAGAGAAGAAAGAAACAACCUCUGCCACAAGAAAACGCGUUUAGUUUCAUGUCUUUUUGUUUUGUUUCAAAUCUUGUUGCUUUCGUUGUCUACUAUAUGAUCUGCAGCUGUUCUUGCUCAGAAUUCAAAUCUCAAGUUUGAUUUCCUUUUGUUGUUCUCUGCGAAUUUAUCUUCCAGAACUGCUGUACUGCUUCCUUUCUGGAGCCUUUGAUCAUCCAAUUCCUUUUUGUAGAAGAUCACAACUGCUGUGUGAGAUUUCUGAUUUCUCUUUUGGCUUUGUAAUCUGAAAUAGCUGGAACCUGAUUUAUUCUUACCAACUGGGAAAGCUUUGAGUGGAGGUUUUAGCUUAAUUGAACACAUACAUGCCUUUUUCUGUUGCCUGUAUGAAUGAGUUGGAAUUUGUAAAGAAGUGAUUCCAGCUCCUUUCAGUUCAAGAGGGUAGGAGGUUCUAGUUCUUCUGCUACUUUGUCUUUGUUUGUAUGGGGGAUUUUAGCUCUGUACUUCAUCUCUGUGAAGGAGAUCAACAUGUGAUUGCUGCAACUCAGCACUUAGUGAAGGCGUUAGGGUCUAGUAAAAUCCUUAAUGAUGAUUUGAGAAAAAUCCUCUCACAGCUUGACAGCCACUUGUCUUCCAUGAAUAUAAUCACCACUGAAAGCAGGGGUCCGGGAUUCCGAGAGGUCGAGGAGCAGUUCAGAUGUUCUGAGGAGAAGAUCAUGGGUUGGGAGUCAAGACAAUCGUUUAUAUGGGACUGUGGACCCUUGGAGGCUUCUCAGUAUUUGAAAUCUGUUCAUGACAUUCAAACAUUGGUAGAAGGUUUUCGAAGUUUGUCUGCUAAUGAAGAUAGGAAGCAUAAGGAACUUGUUAACCGGGCCGAAAGCCUUUUGCAGAUAGCAAUGUCGAAGCUUGAGGAAGAGCUAAUCCACAUUCUUGUUAAGCACAAGCAAUACUUUGAGCCCGAAUACAUGUCUUUUCGCUCUUGGCGAAGGGAUGUUGUGUAUGAUGAAUCCUUUGUUUCAGUUGAGGACAUAGCAUUUGAAGAAGAAUCCCAAAGAAAUUUUUGUGGCAGUGAAUCUGAGGAAUAUAUUCUAGACUUGGUCGAUCCACAUGUAAUUCCCCAUCUUAAGUCCAUAGCAGAUAUCAUGUUUGCUUCGAAUUACCAUCAGGAGUUCUGCCAGGCUUUCAUAAGCGCCAGGAGAGAUGCAUUAGAGGAGUACUUGAUCAUUCUAAAAGUGGAAAAGUUAAGCAUUGAGGAUGUGCUAAAAAUGCAGUGGGAUAGCUUGAGCUCCAAGAUCAAAAACUGGGUUCGUGCUAUGAAAAUCAUCAUCCGGUAUCUUGCAAGUGAAAAACGGCUCUGCGACCAGAUUUCGGGAGAUUUUGGAUUUGUUAGUCCAUUAUGCUUUGCCGACAUAUCAAAGGUAUCAUUGUUACCCCUUCUGAGUUUUGGUGAGGCCAUAGCUAUGGAAACCCAUGGACCAGAAAAGCUGUUUUGCUUGCUUGACAUGUAUGAGGUUGUGGCAGAUAAUCUUCUGUAUAUAGAUACUUUAUUCUCGGAAGAGGCUGGUGCUUGGGUUAGGAUUGAGUUCCACGAGCUUCAUAGGGGAUUGGCUGAUACUGCGAGAGCAACAUUUAUGGCAUUUGGAAAUGCCAUUGCAGCUAAUGGAUCAACCAGCCCUUUUCCUAAAGGAGCAAUACACCCUCUCACCAAGUAUGUAAUGAAUCAUAUCUCGACCCUUACCAUAUACUGCAAUGCCCUUAAUGUGCUUCUCAAGGACCACGACACAGCCGAUUCAAAUCCGCCGGAGAACGGGCACAUCUCUUCUUCUUUAACAUAUGGUCACUUGGCUUGCCGCCUUCGAUCAAUCACAUCUACCCUAGAAUUCAACCUUGAUUGCAAAUCCAAGCUAUACAAGGAUGCUGCUCUGCAACAUAUUUUUCUAAUGAACAACUUCCACUACAUGGUGGAAAAGGUUAAGGGCUCUGAACUCAGGCUUUUCUUUGGAGAUGAUUGGAUCCGAAAGCAUAUUGUUAAAUUCCAGCAGCACGCAACAAGCUACCAGAGGGCGACGUGGAGUUUGGUCCUUUCUUUGCUUAGGGAUGAUGGUUCUGCUUCAAAGGCGAGUCUCAAUGAAAAGUGCAGGGGUUUCUGCAUUGCCUUUGAGGAGGUAUACAAGAGCCAGACAGGGUGGUCUAUCCCAGAUUCUCAGCUCCGAGAAGAAUUACAAAUUUCGACUUCGCAGAAAGUAGUCCAUGCAUAUAGGAAUUUUACAGGGAGAAACUCUUCCAGCAUUGGUGACAAGUACAUCAAGUACACUGCUGAUGAUCUGCAGAAUUAUAUCUUGGAUUUCUUUGACGGAUCAUCAAGAUCAUUGCAGAAUUCUCGCUGGAAGGAGCCUGCAUGGUUUUGAUUUUAGCAUUUUCUUGUCAUGCCUUUUCCUCCUAGUUAUGUUAUGAAUGUCAUUGAUGUAAAUGUGUGUAUUGUAUAUCAAAUGUGCGCCUAUAGGCAAAGUUCUUGAGCAAAAUUGGCUGUAAUUUCUUGUAAAACGGUCUUGUUUUUCUGGGAUAAUGUCAAUUUGGGUUAUAGGCAUGAAUAUGUACAAUUCAAUUGGAUUAUAAUAACACGCUUGUCCCAUCUGUUCUGAUUUUCAA